AGCUGUAAGUGCUGCUGCUCUAGUCUGGAUAGGCUGGGUCUGGGUCUGCUCUAGUCUGGAUAGGCUGGGUCUGGGUCUGCUCUAGUCUGGAUAGGCUGGGUCUGGGUCUGCUCUAGUCUGGGCUGGGCCAACAGGGACCACAGGCUCCUGGAUUCAUGCUUGUGCUCACUUAAAGCAGUCCAGGCUGUUUGUCCUCUGCUCAGAUCCCCCUUUUCCCCUUUUCCUUGGACACAAAGGCUCAUGUCUGUCCAGUAGACAUGAUGAACCGUGAGCGUUUGAGGACUGUCCUGUUUCUGCUGCUGUCUGGAGCCCACGUUUGGAGAGUUACAUGUCAGGACGGGACCAGCGGGGACGAUGUGAGCUGUACUGCAGACGGACAGGUCUACACCAACAGGGACAUCUGGAAACCUGAACCAUGUCGGAUCUGUGUCUGCGACAACGGUCAGGUCCUGUGUGACGAAAUCCAGUGCGACGAAAUAACCAACUGUGAGAAGGUGGUCAUCCCCCAAGAUGAGUGUUGUCCCAUCUGUCAGUCCGACUCGUCCAACACUGGAGGACAGGACAACUAUGGUGGGGGCAGAGUUUACAAGGGUCAGAAAGGAGAACCCGGGGAUGUCCCCAUUGUGACGGGGAUCCGAGGCCGACCUGGACCCAUGGGACCUCCAGGUUCUCCAGGAGAAAGAGGACCGCGAGGACACAAAGGAAGACCAGGUCUGCGAGGCUCUGCGGGUUAUGACGGAGAGCCGGGUGUACCAGGUCAGCCCGGAGAACCAGGACCUCCAGGACAUCCAUCACAUCCAGGCGGUUUGGGAUCCCAAAUGGCUGCAGGGUUUGGGGAUGCAAAAACAGGACCGCAGGCCAUGUUGAGUGGUACCAGGGGAGAGAUGGGACCACGUGGACCACCUGGACCCAAUGGUGCAGCGGGUCAACCUGGAACACAAGGACCUCCAGGAGAUGUUGGUGAUCCAGGACAAAUGGGUCCGUCUGGUCAAAGGGGGCCUGAGGGUCCGCCAGGGAAACCAGGGGAGGAUGGUGAACCGGGUAAACCUGGGAACACUGGAGAAGUGGGCUUCCCCGGCUCGGCGGGAGCCAGAGGAUUUCCUGGAACACCUGGACCCCCUGGACUGAAGGGACACAGAGGACAUGGUGGACCAACAGGACAGAAAGGUGAAACUGGAGCAGUUGGAUCAAAGGGUGCUACAGGUCCUUCUGGUCCGAUGGGAGCCCCUGGACCCAUGGGUCCGGCUGGGAUGCCUGGGGAGAGGGGACGGUCUGGACCCAGCGGUGUCCCAGGAAAACGUGGUCCGUCUGGGAAUGUCGGAAAACCUGGUCCAAUGGGUCCAUUGGGUCUGAACGGUCCACCAGGAUACCCAGGAACUCCAGGAAUGAAGGGCCAACCUGGGCCAACAGGGGUCCGAGGUCCUGAAGGUCCACAGGGACAGAGAGGAGAGACCGGUCACCUGGGCAGACCUGGACCCGUGGGGAUCAGGGGACCCAUGGGUACAGAUGGUGGCCCAGGUACCAAAGGACCAGUAGGGAACGUUGGCCCACAAGGUCCAGGGGGUCACUCUGGACCCCCUGGACCCCCAGGACCUCAGGGCAGCACAGGUCAACCUGGGAUUAAAGGACAACUGGGUGAUGUUGGAGUUCCUGGAUUCAAAGGAGAAGCUGGACCCAAAGGAGAGCCUGGUCCACCAGGAUCUCAGGGGGUGAUCGGACCUCAGGGUGAAGAAGGAAAGCGAGGGCAGCGCGGAGACUCCGGUUCAGUCGGCCCCCCUGGCCCCGUCGGUGAGCGAGGUGCUCCUGGGAACAGAGGGUUUCCUGGAGCUGAUGGGCUGCCAGGACCAAAGGGAGCUCAGGGUGAUCGUGGAAUCUCUGGCCCCUCAGGUCCUAAAGGUUCUCUGGGAGAUCCUGGACGUACAGGAGAACCUGGGCUCCCAGGUGCCAGGGGUCUGACUGGUACUCCUGGAGUUCAAGGGGCAGAGGGCAAGCCCGGUCCACUGGGCGCCCCAGGUGAAGAUGGACGUCCAGGCCCUGCAGGCUCCAUUGGAAACAGGGGUCCAGCAGGAACCAUGGGAGUCCCAGGUCCUAAAGGCUUUAAUGGAGACCCAGGAAAAACAGGAGAACAAGGAUCUCCAGGAGUGUCAGGUCAAAGAGGUCCUCCUGGAAAAGAUGGGGAGGUGGGCCCCGCCGGACCCCCAGGUCCACCUGGUGUUGCAGGAGACAGAGGAGAGCAGGGACCUCCAGGUGUCAACGGAUUCCAGGGUUUGCCUGGGAACCAAGGCCCCCCUGGAGAACCUGGAAAACCAGGAGACCAGGGUAUCCCAGGAGAACUUGGUGCCGUGGGUCAGAUUGGACCACGGGGAGAACGAGGAAUUCCUGGAGAGAGAGGAGAACUGGGUCCAACGGGUCUGCAGGGACCCAAGGGAAUCCCUGGAGCACCAGGUCCAGAUGGGCCAAAGGGUAGUCCUGGUCCUCCUGGAGCCCUGGGUGACGUGGGUCCUCCUGGUCUGCAGGGUAUGCCUGGAGAACGGGGCAUCUCCGGUCCACCUGGGCCUAAAGGGGAUCGGGGAGCGAUUGGAGAGAAAGGAUCAGAAGGAACGCCUGGAAACGACGGAGCCAGAGGAGCUCCAGGUCCUGUUGGCCCGUUAGGACCCGGUGGACCCAGUGGAGAAAAGGGUGAACCUGGACCCAAAGGCCCUGCAGGACCUCCAGGAUCCAGAGGAAUGCCUGGAGCCAGAGGAGACCCAGGUCCGAUUGGUUCUGUUGGAUUUGCCGGACCCCCUGGUCCUGAUGGACAACCUGGAGUGAAGGGAGAACCAGGAGAGCCGGGUCAGAAAGGAGACGCUGGAUCUCCUGGACCCCAAGGCCUGGCUGGUGCUCAUGGACCUCCGGGGCCCACUGGUGUUGCUGGACUUAAAGGUGGCAGAGGAACACAGGGUGCACCGGGUCCAACUGGUUUCCCUGGAUCUGCAGGAAGAGUCGGCCCCCCAGGUCCAACCGGCCCAGUGGGAGAACCAGGACCCAUUGGACCUCCUGGAAAAGAAGGUCCUCAUGGUCUCCGAGGAGACCAUGGACCUCCAGGGAGACAAGGAGAGCGUGGACCCCCAGGACCCCCUGGUAGUCCAGGAGACAAAGGAGACUCUGGGGAGGACGGACCCACGGGUCCUGAUGGUCCUCCGGGUCCUUCUGGAACCACAGGACAGAGGGGCAUUGUGGGUCUUCCUGGUCAGAGAGGAGAGCGUGGGAUGCCGGGUCUUCCAGGACCAGCGGGUCCACCAGGAAAACAAGGAGCCACAGGACCAACUGGAGAUAAGGGUCCUUCAGGCCCAGUCGGAGCUCCUGGUGCUAAUGGACCUCGUGGUGAUCCUGGUCCUGAUGGUCCUGCAGGAUCUGAUGGUCCACCAGGCAAAGAUGGUGUUCUUGGACAAAGGGGAGACAGAGGAGAUUCUGGUCCAGAAGGUUUGGUUGGUCCUCAGGGACUACCUGGACCUCCAGGUCCUGUCGGUGCACCGGGUGACGCUGGAAGACGAGGGGAGGCUGGCUCCAGAGGACCCAUGGGUCCACCAGGAUCAGCUGGAAAGAGAGGCUUAGUGGGACCCCAAGGACCCAGAGGAGAUAAGGGUGAUCUGGGCGACCAUGGAGAGAGAGGACAGAAAGGACACAGAGGCUUCACGGGUCUGCAGGGUCUGCCUGGACCUCCAGGGACCACUGGUGAACAGGGAGCUCCAGGGAUCGUUGGACCCAGCGGAGCCAGGGGCCCUCCUGGACCCAUCGGACCCCCUGGAAAGGAAGGAUACAUCGGACAGCCUGGACCCAUGGGUCCACCUGGGUCACGUGGUCUGAGUGGAGAAAUAGGACCAGAGGGACCUUCAGGAGAGCCGGGCCCCCCAGGUCCUCCCGGUCCUCCAGGACCCCCCAUGGCGGCCAUGGACGACCUGUUCGGUCCUCAGGACUACGACUCGGGUCCUCCUCCUCCUCCUGAGUUCAGCGAGGACGAGGCCCUCCCCAACAGUAACGGGUCGGCCGUGGUGGCGGUGGACCCCAGCGUCCACGCCACCCUGAAGGCCCUGAGCAGCCAGAUAGACAGCAUGAAGAGUCCAGACGGAAGCAGGAAGCACCCAGCACGCACCUGUGACGACCUGAAGAGGUGUUAUCCAAGCAAGAAGAGUGGUGAAUACUGGGUGGAUCCAAACCAGGGCAGUGCAGAGGACGCCAUCCAAGUCCACUGUAACAUGGACACCGGCGAGACCUGCAUUUCUGCAAACCCGUCCAGCAUACCCCGAAAAGUGUGGUGGACCUCAUCCAGGAACAAACCUGUGUGGUUUGGAGCCGACAUCAACGGUGGAACCCAUUUCAUGUACGGAAACAAAGACCAGCCGACCAACUCCGCCACGGUCCAGAUGACGUUCAUCCGCCUGCUGUCCAAAGAGGCGUCACAGACCGUCACCUACCACUGCAAGAACUCUGUGGGCUACAAGGACGAGAAGACGGGCAACUACAAGAAGGCCGUGAUCCUCAAAGGCUCCAACGACCUGGAGCUGAAAGCAGAAGGAAACAACCGCUUCAGAUACACCGUGUUGGAGGACUCCUGCACACAGGCCAACGGUAACUGGGGGAAGACGGUGUUUGAGUACCGGACACAGAAAACUGCCAGACUGCCCAUAGUGGACAUGGCCCCCAUAGACAUUGGAGGCCCCAGCCAGGAGUUUGGCAUCGAUAUUGGGCCCGUGUGCUUCUUAUAAAACCACCAGAGAUGAGGAGGAGGAGCCAAGGAGGAGCCGAGGAGGAGGAGCCGAGGAGGAGGAGCCGAGGAGGAGGCGGCCCUGAGACUAUUGAACUGCCAGCUGAUCCAAUCAGCCACAUUGUACAUACGAGUACUGAGGACUAUUACGGCCCUGGGGCAGAGAUAUUUAUUGUGCCUUUCAACCCAGUUCAGCAUGAAUGUUUGGAAUUGACAAAAAAAAUUGGUCAAACCAGGCUGGUUUCUGUCAUUUUGUGUUUGUCUGAGUAAAGUGUUCCAGCUCACUGUGGUGUAUUUUCACCCAAAAAAACAAACCAAAAAAAACUUGCCAUCAAUUUUAUUUUACAAACAAGUGUUCAGAGAACUCAAACCUCCGCCAAGCACCCUGAACGGUGUGCAUGUGUGGCUCGACCGUCUGUUUAAACUAGGUCAUCCGAGGUCAACAAAAAUGGUGCCAUCUGAGCGCUCAUGUACCAGUUCUUAUAUGUGGAUAAUGUAACCGUGUUGGCUAACUGGGGUCAUUUUCCAGUUAUUGUUCACAUUUGAAUGGAAGAGAAAACAAAUUGUGACCCCCUACAAAUUCCCUGGAACUGCUUCUGUAAUUAUCAUUUAACAGCAAAAACUGGAACUUCUGUCAUAGAACAUGUGUCUGUGGAUGUGCAAAACUAAUUUCAUAAUGAUAUUUCACAAAUUGCAUUUUUUUAUGAUUUUUUGAAACUGGUGCAUAAAAAUAACAAAAGUCAACAGAGCGUAACAGAAGAGAAAUGGAGCAGAACCAUAUUUGGUCCAAAGUUGCAGCUUGGUCCCAGUCAUGUGUCUGUCCAAUUAGAUUCAAUUCACAUCAAUAUUAGUUGAGUUCUAAUUUUAAAUGUGUGGGAAAUGGGAUUUUCAGUGUUCAGUGUAAAUGUCCACAGAGUCC